AUGCAGCUACCUAUAUCCAGUUCUCGAUACCACCUCCCCCUCCUCUGUCUCCUCGACCUGGCAUUCAGCAUCCCCACCGGUGCCGGUACGCUCGCGCCCCCUCCCCCCGCCUACGCGACACACACCAUCACCGUCUCUGGCGCCCUCCCCGCCACCGCCUCCCUCGCCGGCCCGCUCCUGGCCGGCGCCAGCGCAGAGCCCACGCAAAACACGAUCAAUGCCCACCCUGACCUCGUCCCCGGGCAAGCCUCAAACUCGUCCACCGACGCAAAUCAGUCGUUCGACUUCCUGAACGUGACCGACCCGCAGCCAAUCCGCGGGGACGAGGGCAGCAACGAUCCGGGGCCCCAUGACUCGGCGUAUGACCGGCUGAACCCGGACACACUGGCGAGGCCGACGACGGAUGAGGGGGAUGUGCAGCAGGCAAAGUGGCCGAUGGGCUUGUCGAGUACGCGCAUGACGGGCGCGGGGUGGGCGCGGCAGCAGAAUGUAGACGUGUUGCCGGCGGCGAAGCAGAUGGCGGGGGUGGAUAUGAGGCUGGGGCCGGAUGCGUAUCGGGAGCUGCAUUGGCACAGCGCAAACGAGUGGGCCUAUGUUUUCAACGGGAGCGCGCGAAUCUCGGCGAUUGAUGCGCAGGGCCGCAACUUCAACGACGACGUCUCAGAGGGCGACCUCUGGUACUUCCCCUCCGGCCUCCCGCACUCCAUCCAGGCGCUCGAAAAUGGCGUCGAGUUCCUGCUCGUCUUUGAUGACGGCGCCUUCUCGGAGGACGACACGUUCCUCAUCACCGAGUGGUUCUCGCACACGCCGCGGGAGGUCCUGGCGAAGAAUUUUGGAGUCCCCAUGAAGGCGUUUGACGAUGUGCCGAAGGAGCAGCUUUAUAUAUUCAAUGGGACGCCCCCGGCGGUCAAUGUGAGUGCGGAUGCGGUGCAAAGCCCAGAGGGCACGAUCCCCAAGCCGUUUAGUUUCCAUUUGUCGAGGCAGGAGCCGAUGGUGGUGCCGGGGGGGAGUGUCAAGGUCGUGGACUCGGGGACGUUUAAGGCGAGUACGAGUAUUGCGGCUGCUGUGGUGACGAUAAAGCCGGGUGCUAUGAGGGAGAUGCAUUGGCACCCCAAUUCCGAUGAAUGGAAUUUCUUCAUCUCGGGCCGGGCACGAAUCACGGUGUUUGAUGCUCCACAGUCAGCACGAACGUUUGAUUAUGCUGCGGGGGACGUGGGCUAUAUCCUCGUAGACCAGGGGCAUUACAUUGAGAAUAUCGGAGAUGAGAAUGUGGUAUUGCUCGAGGUGCUGAAGGCGCCGCAGUUUGAAGAUGUGAGUUUGGGACAGUGGAUGGCACUCACACCCCCGCAGGUGGUGAAGGAUACGCUGCAUUUGGACAACGAUGUCUUGAGCGGGCUGAGUAUGGAGAAGCAGUAUGUUGUUGCUGCUCAGCCUUAG